AUGGCCAGCAGAGGGGGUGGUGACUCGCGCAGCCGGUUGCUGCCCUACGGAGACUCUAGAACUCUGCGGACGGCAUAUAUUGGGCACGCCGCCCGGGCCGAGGGCAUUCCCACACGAGGACCGCGGGCGGAUCCUGGGGCGCGCACCCCCAAGGAGACUAGCUCGAUGGCUGGCUCGGGCGCCAAGGAGGCGCGCGACGGGCAGCGGGCCUUGGCCGCGGCCGCGGGGCUGGCGGCGGCGGUCCCCUCGCAAGCAUACCCCGAGCCAGAAGGGGACCCGGGGCGGGCGUCGGGGCAGGACGGCCACCCAGAUCGGGGACCGGAUCCGGGGCCCCAAGGUGCGCCCCAGCCCCAGGACCCGAACCCAGGCGCCGCCGGCCUGGGGGAGGACGUUCUGGGGCUCCCCUUCCCCAGGAAGCUCUGGAUGAUGGUGGAGGACAGCAGCCUGGCGUCCGUGCAGUGGAACGACGCCGGAGACGCCGUGGUCAUCGACGAGGGCUUCUUCCAGACAGAGGUGCUUCAGCGGAGCGGCCCGGACAGAAUCUUCGAGACGGACAGCUUGAAGACCUUCAUCCGGCAGCUGCACCUGCACGGAUUCAGCAAAAUCCGCUCGCUGAGGGACAAGGGCCUGAUGAUCUACAGCAACAGCCGCUUCCUGAGAGGCAGGCCCGAGCUCCUGGACAGCUUCGAGAGCGCCGGCCCCGCGGGAAGGAUGGCUCACCGGGGGCUCCGCGGGGCCGCGCCCAAGAGGAGGAAGAUUUCGCAGGUGGCCACGAGACGCUCCCCGAGACUCCUUCAGCUCAACGCCAACAAAGAGGCCUGGAAGAAGACCCAGGAGGCCCCAGCUGCCCAGGGGCCCGGGGGCGCCCCGUCAACGCUCUUCUCUGGCGCCUGGCCCACGAGCGGCGUGGCGGGGAGCCCCGGGGGAGGUGGCUGCCCCGGAGAGCCAGGCGGCCCCCGCGGGGAGGGCACGUCCGGGAAUGUCCUGUUUGCGUCCCGGGUGCCUGCUGGCCAGGAGGGUGCGGGGGAACUGCCCAGCAGCCCCCCGGCUCGCGCCAGCUACGCCUCGGUGCUGACCCUGUACAACACCUGCUGUUCCAUCCUGCUGGCUGCGCUGUCAGCCAUGGCCCCCGACGAGGACCCCGACGGGGAAGAUGAGCAGGAGGGCCCCUCGGAUUACAAGUGCACGCUCUGCGAGCAGUUCAAGGACAACCCGCACCCCUGAUCUCCCGGCCACCGCUGACCGGUACAGGCGGCCGCUCAGUAACGGUGCAGCUUUUCAGUUUUAAUAAAGAAAUGCAAGUCUGAGGGAGGAAAUAAAGAAAUUCAGCA